GUUUCUUCGCUGCCAUUGGCUUGUUCUGUAACUGCCACUGAAUUUAAAAGUUUAAACGGGCGCGCGGCCGCUGCUGCUUUUUGGGUCCUUGGUUUGUCUGGGAUCUUUCGGUGUGAAGCUGGUGAAAGCUUGCUCUCUACAGUGACCAGAUAAGAUUAAAAACAAACAUCAAAACGCUGAGUACUCAGGCCAACUGUGAUAUUAGCUACUGUCGAUGAUUCAAGACAUUGAUUAACAACUGGAGCCUUGGGUCAGAAUCUUUAAGUGACAUCAUGGCUUCUAGAACAGCAAUCAUAAUGGUGGACACAGAUAACAUGCUGAAAUACUUUGGCGAGAAACUUCAUAUUGUUAUUGAAGAUUUCAAAGAAAAUACUAUAUGGCUGAAAGAAAUCCAGGAGGAAGCCAAAAAGAUGUUCAUCAGCGAUUUUACUGCAGAACCUGAGUUAAUGCCGAAAACACCUUCAGAAAGAAAGCGGCGUAGGAGACGACCAUCUAUGGCACAGGAUUCCAGUAAGAGACUUUCGAGAAGCAGAAGACAUUUGAGGCGCUCUUCAACUCAAAGGGCGAAGCUCAGAAGUAGGGUUAUCGAGGAAGAUAACAGAGGCUGCAACAAGGUAGUUGAGGAGCCAGCACAUCCUGUACGUCUGACACGGUCAACAACACGUGCACUGGCAACUACCAAUCUUGAAACUGAGAAAAAUAAUGAGUUUCCUAUUGUCCCAGUUAAUGGUCAAGUACCACUUGUUGUCCUGUCACCGAAUGACAGUAAAACUAUUGAGUUACACCAAAAAGAUCAGGCAGCUAACUUUAAAACUCUGCCGACUUCUUCUGAAGAUGUGAAGUUGUCUCAAAAGGAAUUUGAGAUAGAACCACCUCCCAGUGCACCUGUUUUGGAAACACUGUCUGCUGCCACUUCAGUGAUCCCCAGGAGCCCAAAUCGAGCAGCAACUAAGAUGAAAAUAGCAGGUGCUGUAACUGCUAAAGAAAAUAGUGUGAAUGAGUGUUUAGCUGAUCGGGAGUUAAAUAAUUCUGUGAAGUCAUUAGCUGCUAGUGAGAACUCCAUCACUGAAGAUGAAAACCAGUCUAGCCAUAAGGCUAAUCAUAGAUCAGUGCGGAAAAGCACGGCCAGUCGCCGGUCCAGCUGCCGCAGCCUAGUGGGUAAAUAUUCAUUGAAUAUUCAACGGACCGUCAUGGUACAGGAAUCGAUGAGGAAUUCCUUGCGUAAAUCCAUUACCAAGAGGCAGAAUGUUCUGGAGUCUUCUGCUUCCAACUGUAAGUCUCACAAUUGUUUUGACAAUAUGGAUGAGAGAGCACGUGUUGAUGAAAAUUCUAGCACUCUGUUCAAAUCUGAAGAGCCAAAGGAAGAUGAGCAAUCAGCCACCAAGGUUCCUGAAAAUCAAGAACGUAGAUGCACACGAAGUGUCAUGAGAAAUGCCAUCAACAGUCAAGAUAAGGAGGUGGCAGCUAACAUACAAACAUGUAGAACGUCAAAAGUUCAGAGAAAAGAGAGCAGUGGUUCUGACGAACCAGUUUCUCCUGAUGGCCAGAGUGUUGGACGGAAACACAGUUACAAGCGUGCAAUGGCAAAUGUGUAUAAUUACACUGAAGAAUUAGAAAAAGAUGACUUUCCACCAAGAAAGAAGACACCUUCACCAGAUCUUGCAGCCAGCAAAGUGGUUCGACCAAAGCACAAAAGCUUCCUCCAUGCAGUUCAGAAGAAUCAAUUGUUGAUGACCCCAGUAUCUGUUGGCCGGACAGUAGUGAAGUCCUUCAUUAAACGCAACACUCCAUUGAAAGUUGAUCCCAAGGAACAAGAGAAAGCUCGUCUGGCAAAUCUAAAGAAGAAGAGAGAACAGGAGGAAGAAAGAAUACAAAAAGUGGAGGAAGAGAAGAAACGCAAAGUAGAAGAGUUCAAAAAGAAGCGGGAAAUGCAAGUGAAACGUGUUUUGGAAACUCGUUCCCGGGUUCAACAGCAAGAAGAAGAGAAGAAAAAGAAAAUUGAGCAGAAGUUUGCACAAAUCAAUGAGAAGAAUGCAAGGAUGCGUGAGGAAAGAUUUGCUGAAGAAAAAGCGAAAAGGAAAGUUGCUGCCAAGAGGAUGGAGGAAGCAGAAGCUCGAAGGCGGCAAGAGGAGGAAGCCCGAAAUGAGAGAUUGCAACAGUUGGAGGAGGAACGCAGAGAACUGCAGCAGCGCAAGAAGGAGGAAGAACUAGAGAAGCAACGUAAAAUGGCAGAAGCUAGAAAACUUCAAGAACAACGGCAAGCUAAGUUGGAGAGAGAACGAUUGCAAGAGCUGCAGCUGGCUGCAGAUAGGGAGCGGGAACGAAUAAGGGAAGAAGAGAGUAUUCGGGCGGAGAAAGAACGUGAACGACUAGAGAAGGAAAAGGCCCUUCAGUUACAGCGAGAGAUGGAGCGAACAGCACGGGAGGAUGCUGCAUUGCAGGCUCAACGAGAAAAGGAAAAGCUUCGCCAAGAAGCACAGGAGAAAGAAAGAAAACGGGAAGAGCAGCGUUUGGCAGAGCUGGAAAAGCAGUGUUUAGAAAAAGAAAAUAAUAGAAAAGAGCAGGAAAGACUGGAGUCUGAGCGACAAGAAAAAGAGAAGAAACUUCGUGAAGCUGAGGAAAGAAAAUGGAAGGAAGAGCAAGACCAGAAAGCAGAAAAGGAGGUCACCAGCAAAAAUGUACUGAAUGUGACUGUGGAAGUGCAUCACUCUCCAGCCCCUGAAUCAUAUGCUAUGACUCCAAAUAGCUAUUCAAAAUUCAAGAUGCCAAAAGUAAAUUUGGACAACUACGGAAUGGAUCUGAACAGUGAUGAUUCUACAGAUGAUGAGGGAGCACCACGUAAACCAAUCCCUGCUUGGGCUGAUGGUAAACAAUUGCAGCAAGCCCUUAUAAAGCAGUAUUACCACCCAUUUGAUGUGGAUAAAUUCUUUGGUGUCAUUCAACCUCCUGAUCUUAGGAACAUCUUCGGCAAGAUCAAGCCACGCUACCUGAAACGGACCAGUUCUGCAGUGUGGCAUUCGCCACCAGUAUCAAACAGCAUUAGGAAUGUACCCUAUGGCCUUCUGAAAUACUGAUUUGUGUCUCUAUUUUAGAGUGGCGUUCUAACUAUUGUAAAAUGUGACCCUAUCUUUCUGCUCUAUUAUUCACUUGACCAAUUUGAUAUUGUAACUUUGCUAUCUCUCUCUCCUUUCUUUGUGUUUGUAUAUACAUAUGAGAUGAAGACUUCAAAUGGAAAAUUGGUCAACUGCUUCUCUGGAACCUUUUUACAUGUGGGUUUGCUUUGAGAUUUUUACCUUUAUAAUAUUAGGGAUAUCUAUUUGGGUCAUUUUAAUUUAGACUUCAGUUUUGGAGGUCUUUUACUUGGGCUAAGAUUUAAAUUCACUGCCUGAUAGGAUAAAAAUUCUGUUUCUCUGUUGUAAGAGGCCUCUGUGUCACGAGUUUGAAAAGUUUCCUGUAACUGAAACAGGAAAGGGGAGAAAUAGUCAAAAUGUUCAACAGAUGGUUUAUUAGUUAGCAAGCUGAAUAGUUGGUGUAGGAAAUAAGAUGGAGGGGCAGGAGAUAUGAUCUUUGGUAAGAUUGCCUUUGAACUUCGGUCUAGCCAUGACUUUGGGAGCUUGACAAUUUCUCUCUCUAUAUACCUGACCUGAGACCCAAGUGCCUAAAAUGAGCUAAGUUCUGGUCCAUAUCUUGAACACAAUGGAAAUCCAGCACUUCCACUGCAGACAUUUUGUAUUUUAUUUCUUGGAUUACAGUAGGAAUUCCUUCUUGCUUAUAAGAGGCACUUAAUCCUAUUACUGUUCUUUGUUUUAAUUUGGAAGCUUCUGAUUACAAAUUUCAAUAGGUUGGAAAGCAAUCAGAAAUACAAAAGACAAAAUGUCCAAUUACUUGUCUGUGCUGAGCUAGCUAAUCUCAACUAGGGUGACACUUGGUGUCCAAAUUGGCUUCACUGCCCCUUGCUUAGAAAUUUGAACUCUGACUGAUUUUUCUUGGUGCAAAGGAUUGUGCAGAUGGGGAAUUCGGAGGGCAAGAACAGGCUUGCUUGUGUUUUUCCUCCCUACAAACAACCUGGAAAUAAUUGCUGCUUGGAUUCUGGUGCAGGACCAUCAUUUGGAUAGGAUUUAAAAACACCCAUGGAGAAUUGUACCCCAGAAAGUUGUCUUAAGAGAAUAUUAGCAACAAAAUGUCAGUGUCAAACCUUAAACAUUAAUGCUGUCCUUGCUGUUGCCAGGAGCUUUGAAUUUUGGGUUUGUUUUCUGUUGACUUCAAGUAGGAUAAAAAUCUGAACUGAAUAUCUCCUGUGCAAUGAUUCUGUCUGACAAGCAUCAUUAAAUGAUUUGAUCUGUAUGGCACUGUUUUUAUUAAAAAAAAAAACUUGUAAAAUGGGUCAUGUUACCUGAAAAUAUGUACAUUGGAGAAAAACUUUCUAAAUGUUUAAGUGGUGCCUUGACCUUGUGCUUGAAGCUAGUCACAGUCUAAAAUGCAAUAAUGAGCCUAUGUUGUGAAUCAAAUGAUUCUGAAACACUCAGCAUCUGAUGUUGCUGAGAAUAUUACUUAAAUUGACACAUGGAGUGUGUGUGUGUGUGUGUGUUUGUUUGUUUGUUUGUUUGUUUGUUUCUGGCUAGGAUAGGACUGCUGCGACGGAACCACAAGAUGACCUUCAAUGUCCAGUGAUGCAUCACUCCUUGUAUAUGUUCCAUUGUCUGAAAAUGUUAUGACUUUUUAAUCUCUGGAAUUAGUAAUGUUUAUUUACUAUUUAACAUAGGAUAAGUAGAAAUUCCAUCCACUUCAUAUAUUUGGGAAGACCUGAAGCCUUUGGCUUUUGGUUCCUGUCAAUGAAUUCAACCUACUCCAUCUUGAAGCAGAACCACACAGUCGCAAGGUUACAUGCAAUACCAAAGUUGCAAUGAGCUUGCACAGUAUCUGUGCUGUCACUGAGGAUCAGGCAUGUAGCAAUUUUCAUCCAAAAGGACUAUUUCAAAAUGUUUUGUUUUUAUAUUCUGUUAAUAACCUACAUGCAUGCUUUGUCUUUAGAACUCAACUUUCCUAUUGUGUCUGAGUGAGUGUUUCUGUUGAGUGCUUUCUAGUAUUUUGCGAAUAAAUGUUUAAUCUUUAAAAUUAAACUGACUAGACUGUGUGUGUGUGCGCGCACUCAAAGUCAUAAAAGGUUUAAAACACUCCUCUAAAUUAGAUAUCUUACUGUGAACUAGCAAGAGGCACGAUAAACUGAAGUUUAUUUUACUAUCUCCCUGAAUAUAAUCUCUCUCUGACGUGUGUGUGCGCGUGCACACACAUGCUCUCUCAGACAUUGUCUCAUUGGAUUAAUACAAGCACUAUGGUAGGGUUGGGUAGGGACUUAUUUUGGUGACAACUUUUGAGAAACUGAUAUCUGAGGAAUAUGUGACAGAUG